AUGGUAGAAAAACAGAUUAGACGAAACAAAGAAAUCUUCAUCGCUUUUGUAGAUCUGGAGAAGGCUUUUGACAACGUACAACGGAAGGAAUUAUUUAAAAUCUUAAAAAGAAUAGGAAUUAAAUAUAACGAUAGAACAUGUAUCUAUAAUAUGUACAAAAGCCAAACAGUCUUAAUACGGAUAGAUGGGAAAGAACAAGAAGCAAAAAUAAAAAAAGGAGUUAGACAGGGGUGUAUCUUGUCGCGGAUGCUGUUCAACUUGUACAUUGAAGAGGCAAUGAAAGAAUUAAGAGCAGAAAUACAGAAAAGAGUGCGGAUAGGAAGAAAAAUGUUUACUGCCUUAAGAUUUGCGGAUGACAUAGCUUUCUGCGCGGAAAAUGAAGACGACCUACAAAAUACCCUAGUAACAAUAGAUAAAAUACUAAAAAAUAAGUACGGAAUGCAAUUGAACAAAAAUAAAACGGAAGUUAUGGUAUGCAGUAAAGCUAAUCUGGUUCGACUCGACAUAAAUAUCGACAAUGAACAAAUAAAGCAAGUACAGCAAUUCACAUACCUAGGAAGCAAUAUAACAGAGGAUGGCCGCAACAAAACAUGCAUGCAGGAUAGCACAGACGAAAAGAGCCUUUUAAGACAAAAACCACAUUUUAACUACCAAUAG